CAACCCCAGACUCUUUCAUUCACUCUAUUGUAGUCCCAAGAGCUUCACUGGGAAAUUCCCUCUUUCAUCACACAACCUGGGAAGGGGCUGAUAGCUGGCUCAUAGAAAUUAGGAGAGAGAGGCUAUCGAUAACAUGGGAUCCUUGGGAAAAAAUGAGGCCUGUUUAGUUGUUUAUGAUGCCAUUUUGUCACUCUCUUUGCCUGCCUUGCCUUUCAUGAAGUUGUGCUUUGGUAAGAUUUCCUGUUUCAUCAAUUGGAGUUGAGGAAGCAGAAGUCUUGGGAUGAUCUGCGAUUGGGUUUCAGUUUUCCUGGCCCUACACACUGAACCAGAACCUAAUGACAGCCAUACAAGGGUUGGUUGAGGGUCUACCUUGGUUGUCCCAGAAGACUCCUGUUCUAUAAAUGACAUGAAGAAAACAGCAUGGCUUUUAGAUAUCUUUUUAGAUGCCCAGUAUGCUUUGAGGAGAAGAAAUCAUCACCAACAAUGAUAAUAUACCUUUACAAUUGAUAUAAGUUCAGUUCAACUGCAGUGAACUCCUACGUUUUUGUUCCUUAAAUCUGGGGGAAAUAGACUGACAUCGCUCAGCAGCCAUUCACUAUUUCAGCACAGAAUGCUAACUCAGGGAGGCCAAAGUCUGUAUCUGUUACUCUGCCCCAGAUGGCAAUUUGAUGGCAGCGGUGACCUUGCUGGCUGGAGGCUUAUGCUCCACCUCCACCCAUGGCCACCAGGGCUGACCUAGAAACUUGGAGAAGCAUGCGGUCACGGAUAAUCUAUUUGAAGGCCAAGGACACUGGAGGAUAUGUUGGCAUCAGCAGAGUGCCCUGCUCCUACCACAGAGAGGUCUCCUGAGCACUGUGUGAUGGAUGCAUCACUCCAGAGCAUGGCCAGAGUUUUCCUAUAACACUGUUGCAUCCAGGACCACCAGGUAUCCCACAGUCAAAUGAGCAACUCAAACUCGUAAUUCAUCCUCCCUGGUUCCCAUGGAGCACCAAGAGUGCCCUAGGAGCUCUCGGUGACUUUGGUUCUCCUCCACUGUGGUUCACCCCUCUAGUCCUCCUUGUUCUUAUAUCCUUGUUCAUAUACAUUCUUAUAUAUGUUCUUAUAUGACCCAUGGCAAAACAGAAAAGAUCUCAGUGCAGAAGCAAUGGUCAGCACAGUGCUCCAUCAUGACAUUCCCCUGCGGUCCGACAGCUGGCCAGCAGGAAUCAAAAGGUGCUUGGGAGAUGCUGAAGGGUGUUAGUGAAUUGUUGCACAAGCCACUGCAGAAAAAAGGUGUGGGAAGGGUUUUAGGCAGCAAAAGCAUGAUGAUUUAAUCAACUUCUGCAGGAUUUUUGCCAGGCAUAUCCUGUCCAGCUUGCAUUGCACUGGCUGGCAAUGAGGCGAGUCUGUGGCAGCCAACUUCCAAUGACCACGACUAGCUUCCUUUCGGCCUCAGUAGCUGAUUCAUGUUUUGGUCUUCUGCCCCACCCAGUCUAGAGUGAGUUCAGCACGUCUUCCUGAGCAUCGCUUUCCUGCCUCGAGGCUCUCCCUCCUCUGCUGACCUUCCCACAUACACAGCCCAACCCUCUGCCACCAGUCCUCUCUGUUCUCCUGGACUGGACACCAAGUAAGGCAGGAGCCAACAGCUUGUUGGCUUUGACUCACCAUCAUCUAGGAAAAACGUUGGCCUAACCUGAUGGCUAUGCUUCCUCUUGCACCAUCUGCUGUUCAGCACAGCCAUCCCCAGCCCAAAGAAUCCACGUUUACCUCCAUCACCCAGUCUCCUGGCAAUAGGCCACUUCUGUGGUCACUGUUCCUAUGUGGCACUGCUGAAGAUGGCAUCUGGGAAGUGGAGCUGUGGAAAUUGAGCACUGGCAACGCGCUGGCAUCCUGGCAGUGGCUUUUUGCAGUUCCUGAGGCUUUUGCUGGUGCAGUGGCUCAGAGACAUCAAUCUGCAUAAAGCUCAAGUUCGGUCUCAGUGAUGUACCUGUCUAUUGUCUGAGAUAGGAAUCCAAACCUGAUGCUUUCCUGUGGGACCUGGAUUUCUCACUGAUGUGAGCGUGUGUGGUCUGUUUCCCUAAAUAACCACCACAUGGGUUUUCUCUCUGACAGAUGAGCAGCUCACAGGUGCAGUCUGAGGCUGAGAGAUGGAAAAUCAAAAGAGAUGCCUUAAUGUGGUCUCUUACUGUCAUGCAGAGAAAAGAAGAGGUGAGGUCUGGCUCCCCUGUUCUGCCAGGCUGUUCAGAUGUUCCAUCAGUACAGUUUUUCCCCUCUAUUCCUGUGGGUCAGGAAAAUAUUAUUACUGCAACUUAAAGACAGGAGAUGGGUAAUGUCUGAAGGACUGGGAUACAUCCUCUGGGACAAUGAGGAUCUGCUUGCAUAGCAAAACACCCAGAAGAAGUGGGGUUGUGUCCAUGUAAAAUAACAGAAAACAAAAGCUUUUCUUUCUCCCUAAAUAAGUCAGUUCUGUGUUUCCUUUGUGGUUCGCUUUUAAAAGCUUGCUGAAUUUAAGGAGGAUGUGGUCACACACAUUGGAAGCUCCAGAUGCUAAGACAUAAAAACACAGAUCGGCGCUAAACUCACAUUUCUGAUGAGUUAAAUCUCAUGUGCUUUCACUCUGUUUUUCUUGCAGUCUGCCAGAGCUAUCAUGUCCCUGCGAGAGCAUUUGCCCACCACAUCAGAUAACCCCUCCUUCAUUCCUCUGACAGGAUCCAGUCUUCUAUUAUUUACUGAUGUCACUGUAGCCUAGGAGAGAAAUCAACACAGUCAUGAAUUAUGGACAAUGCUGGUAGGACAUUUCACUCUGAUUGUUUGAUUUGAGUGUGAACAAACACCAGAUAAUUAAAGAUGAGUUCAAGCUACAACACUCACUUCUGUCUCCUGAAUUGCCCUGCGUGGUGAGAAGUGUCUGGAUUGAGUGCAUAAUUACAAAGGGAAGAUCCUUCAGCAAAACCAGCCAGUAGGUCUGAGUUGAGAAAGUACUGAGGAGCUCUUCUUCAUAGACCCAAACUACAGCACUCCACGUUCUCCUUGACAUAGUCAAACGCAAGUGAACUUUUGCCUGCCCUCCAAGUUUAUAGCUUGUAUUGCUGGUUGCAAAGCUGAGAGAAUUAAACAUGUUGACUUUGGGUCUGGAGGACUCCUUAGCUUGGGUGUUUGAGCUUUAGCUCAUCGUUUUGAACUCCUGGACAUCACACUGGUGAAUGCUGGCUUUGCUGUCGGAUGAAGGCCACAGCUGGCAGCCAAACAUUUGACCUGGGGAGCAAAGCCCAUUACUGUGUGACUCACAGGGUAAAAUCAACAACAACAAAAGCCUUAUAAACACAGCCCAACUCAACUGCUCUGUAAAAUGCCACUACGGCAGCAGCAGCACGGAGCAGUAUUUUUACCACUUGGGAGGAAAGAAGGCUUUCUUUCCUCCCAGGAAACCUUUUUGGGUGUGACAUUAAACAAGCACUUGUUCCUAGAAGCUGCAGAUUUGGCUUAAAGAACACUGGAACUGAGCUGGGGUGAUUGUUACUCAGCACCUGAAUUGCACUGAUGCCUGUGACUCCUCUCACAGUGUAUGUACCAAGUGCUGCUGCAUGGCACACAUCGUGGCCUGGGUGGACAACUCAGUCCCCAGGGAAGUGUCGAGCAACUCCCCUGGCAUUGAUGAAACCCACAGGAAAGCCACUUGAGGUGGGGAGAAGCGUUCUUCAUGCUGGUUGGUUCACAUUUUACGUGCAGUUGUAAAAUUUAAGAGGUCAUUUAGUAUGCAAUCAGCAGAUAGAGUAAGGCAUUUUUUUUACAUCAGAACAGUAGCAGGCUGUAUCCAGCAACUGAUCGUUAGCUCUGAUGGGCACACGGGGACUCUCCAACCUCAUACAAGGACACUGCAGCCCUUUGGGGAACUUGGAAAUCCUGGUGGCUUCUAGGUCCCCUCCAGCUUUGGUCCUACACACAGGGUGAAGGCACUGAAUGGCAGUCGAUGGCCUGUCCCACCAGAGUCCGGAUGGAAAAUAUGGAUUUCCUUUAAAUGCUCAAGAGAGGGAGUGGACUCUCAGAUGCAGUUGUCCUUGUAAAACAGGGAGACUGAGGACUGCCAGGACUCAGGCUUUCCAUGUAUACACUGACCCUGGUGGUCUGAGCACCAGAUCAGACAUUGCAGCGCCCACCUGGGGCCUUGUGCUUGUGGUAGGCCUGUCCUUCCUUGGAGAUAAAGGGAAUUACAGAUUCAUAGAACCACAGAAUAGAACAUGGAAAGGACCCACAAGGAUCAUCGAGUCCAACUCCUUGCUCCACACAGCACCACCCAAAAUCCAAACCUGAAAGCAUUGUUCACGUGCUCCUUGAAUGCUCGGUCUCCUCUUCUCUGGGCUGAACAAACCAAAGGAUCUCAAUCACCCCUCAUACACCUUGCUUUCCAGACCAUUCUCCACUUUUGCAGCUCUCCCUUGGAGCCUCUGUAGUACUUUUAUGUCCUUAAUAUUAUAUUGUGGUGCCCCAAACUGCUUGCUGUACUCAAGGUGAGGCCACACCAGCAGAGAGUACAGCAGGAGUGCAAAGUAAAGACCCUCUGCACUGCCAUCUCAGAGGAUCCCAUCAUGGAUCAAGAGGAUAAUACUAAAAAAGACUCCAUAACCCACAACUUCUACGUGACACUUUAGUGCAGACCCCUGUCUCCUAUUCGGGCCAGCCCCAGCGUGCCAUCUCCUGCUGCUCCUUCAAAAUGAAGAAGGAUGCUCUUACUGGAGGAUGCUUUCAAGCUCAGGGGCACUUAGAAACCCAAGGUUCAAGGCUGGGAACAAGCUGACAUUGUGCACGGAGGCAGAAGAAAACACAACUAUUGAGGCAUGAGGUGCUCAACUCAGGAACAGCAAUCACUGCUUGUUUGGCUUACGUACAUCCAUUGGGGUUGUCAGGAGUAGGACGUAAGAGCAUGACCAGUGCUGAAAUUCCAAAGUUUUCUGAGUGCUGCAUGGGGGGAAACUCAAAGAGAAGACUUCUUGGAGGACAGUCUUGAAGAACAGAGGCUCCUCUCCAGACUCCAAAGGCUGCUUUGCAAUUUGGAAACCUGGAGAUCCAAAAGCUGCAAACAGCUGGAAGGUAACUAACUCAACGAGGGCAAAACAUGGCAUGUGGUCUGUGUGUCUCGUGGCUUCACUGCUCCAGUCCCUGUGUUCACUGUUGCACUGGGGCACUGCUCUUGCAGGCGCACACCUGGAAGGACACUUUGUCUUCUUUGGCUGAAGGCAUUUGUCUUAACUAAAGCGUUUCAAUUAAAAGUCAAGCCUGAAUCACUGCAAAGUGCUGGAGACAAGAGUCAUUAAUACUGGAAUGCAAGUUUUAAAUUAUUUUUAAUGUGCUCUGCAAGGCAUCCAUAAAAGGUCCUUAAUCAAUAUGCGUUUGAAUUCCCUGAGCUAGCAUUGAAAUUCAUGGCAGCAGAAGGGUUGGGAACCAACCAGCACUGCUGUCUGAGCUGCUGCACAGGCAAACCUGGCAGACCUAGGUGCCAGCUGUCAGGCAGAUGUGACCAUAUGGAUAACAGAUCUUUGGUGAUCUGUGCCAAUGUGAACUGCUGGUCUCACUCCCUGGAGAAUGGGUACAUCAUUGACGUGGGGGGUCUCUGAUGGAGACGGCAAACAGCCUUUUGCUCAGGCAUCUCAGCCAGCAGCAAGUAUUCAGUGGCACUAUUGGUAAUUUAAACAUAACAUGAGCAUAGCCCGAGAGACCAGAGGGUGAGGAGGGCUUAAGGCAAGGAGCGAGGACAGAAGCAGUGAGGGGAGCGCAGGGGUCUCGAUGGUUUGAAACUAAGCACACUGUUAGGCGCUUGGCUGGAUCGGGGCCAGUGGUGCAUAGACUUCUGGCAAGGAUCAACCUCUAGGAAGAACCAAACCCUAGAGGAAGCUCAGGGUGAGGUUUGUGCUUCCUAUUUCAGUCUAAAAAAAAACAUCCCAGGAGGGGGUGAGUUUCAGCAGCACCGGGUGUUGCAGACCCAAUCCAUUACUUCCAGGAUGGGGGUGAUGAAAGCAAAGCAGGAGGAUGCCUUACGUUGCAUCCCUCCCUGCAGGCAGCACUUGGGGACCUCAACAGGACAGGCACAGCCUCGGGGCAGAGCAGCAUCACCCUCCAACAGCUCACAGGAGGGAUCAUGAAGAGGAGCAGAGCAGCUUUACCCUCAGAAAGAAAAGCAAGACCUGGGCAUGGACUUAUCCAAUGAUUAUUUGCAUGCUCUGAACUGUGAGUUUGGACGGAACCAGCUAUUUCUCUCCCCAGACAUGGCUUGGAAGGAAGCAGUAGAAGGGGGCUGCACCUUAGAAGCAGGCUGGAUGCAGCCACCUUGUUUUCAAAGCCAGGGAGAACUGGUGAGGAAGCUGAAGGAAGAGAAAGCUCCCCAGGUGGAUAUAGACAGAGCUGUAGCAGAGCUCAAAGCUCGGAAGAGGGUCCUAGAAGCAAAGGAGUUGGCCUUACAGCCCAAAGAUGACAUCGUGGACAGAGUUAAAAUGGAAGACACUCUGAAAAGGAGGUUUUUCUAUGAUCAAGCCUUUUCUAUUUAUGGAGGUGUCAGUGGUUUGUAUGACUUUGGGCCUGUUGGAUGUGCUUUGAAGAAUAACAUCAUCCAGGCAUGGAGACAGCACUUUAUACAGGAAGAGCAAAUCCUGGAGAUUGACUGUACCAUGCUCACACCAGAGCCAGUUUUGAAGACUUCUGGCCAUGUAGACAAGUUUGCUGACUUUAUGGUGAAAGAUAUGAAAAAUGGGGAAUGUUUUCGUGCUGAUCAUCUCUUAAAAGCUCACCUACAAAAGCUUAUGUCUGACAAGAAGUGCACAGCAGAGAAAAAGGCAGAGAUGGAAAAUGUUCUAACACAGUUGGACAACUAUGGCCAGCAAGAGCUUGCAGAUCUCUUUGUGAACUACAACGUGAAGUCACCUAUCACUGGGAAUGACCUUUCCCCUCCUGUUUCUUUCAAUCUGAUGUUCAAGACCUCCAUUGGGCCUGGAGGAAACAUGCCUGGCUAUCUGAGGCCAGAAACAGCACAGGGAAUAUUCCUCAAUUUCAAACGUCUUCUUGAGUUCAACCAAGGCAAGCUCCCUUUUGCUGCUGCUCAGAUUGGAAACUCCUUCAGAAAUGAGAUCUCGCCCCGAUCCGGCCUUAUCAGAGUGAGGGAAUUCACCAUGGCAGAAAUUGAGCACUUUGUGGAUCCCAGUGAGAAAAAUCAUCCCAAGUUUCAGAGCGUGGCAGAUCUCAACAUCCUCCUGUAUUCUUCCAAGGCCCAGCUCAGUGGGCAGUCUGCCCAUUUAAUGCGUCUGGGAGAUGCUGUUCAACAGGGCGUGAUCAAUAACUCCGUUCUUGGUUACUUCAUUGGUAGAAUCUACCUCUUCCUUACAAAGGUUGGUGUAUCCCCUGACAAGCUGCGCUUCCGACAGCACAUGGAGAAUGAGAUGGCUCAUUAUGCCUGUGACUGCUGGGAUGCAGAGUCCAAAACAUCGUAUGGUUGGAUUGAGAUUGUAGGCUGCGCUGAUCGUUCCUGCUAUGACCUCUCCUGCCAUGCUCGUGCCACCAAAGUUCCUCUUAUAGCUGAGAAGCUUCUCAAAGAACCUAAAACAGUUAACAUUGUGCAGUUUGAGGCAAACAAGGGAGCCAUUGGCAAAGCUUACAAGAAGGACGCAAAGGUGGUGAUGGAGUACCUUUCCAUGUGUGAUGAGUGCUAUGUCACUGAGAUGGAGCAGCUGCUGAACGACAAAGGGGAAUUCACUGUUGAAACUGAAGGGAAAACUUUUACGUUAACAAAGGACAUGGUUACUGUGAAGAGAUUCCAGAAAACGUUACAUGUGGAAGAAAUCGUCCCAAAUGUCAUUGAACCCUCAUUUGGUAUUGGGAGGAUCAUGUACACAGUAUUUGAGCACACAUUCCGCAUUCGAGAAGGAGACGAGCAGAGAACGUUCUUCAGCUUCCCAGCUGUUGUAGCACCAUUCAAGUGCUCCGUUCUUCCUCUCAGCCAGAAUCAGGAAUUCAUGCCUUUUGUCAAAGAAUUAUCUGAAGCACUCACCAGGAAUGGCAUUUCUCACAAGGUGGAUGAUUCCUCCGGAUCCAUCGGCCGACGCUAUGCCAGGACUGAUGAGGUUGGCGUGGCCUUUGGGAUCACAAUUGACUUUGACACCGUGAACCGAACGCCUCACACCGCCACGCUGAGGGACCGGGACUCGAUGCGCCAGAUCCGAGCUGAGGUCUCUGAACUUCCUGCCAUAAUCCGUGACCUGGCGAACGGUUAUCUAACUUGGGCUGAUGUGGAGGCCAAGUAUCCACAAUUUGAGGGACAACAGACUGGCAAAAAGGACACAAUAGAGGAAUAAAGAAAAGGAACUGAAAUAAUACCCCGUCACAUGUCCACUUUUUACUGUUCAUGUUAAUAUGAAAUAAACUUAUCGUGUAUUAUUCAAAGCUGCAUUGUUUGUGCACACAGGGACUAUUUGGUUGGUUUUUUUCUUUCCUCAAUUGCUGCCUGAAUUUAACUUUAAAAAUAACUGCAGUUGAAGUAAAAGGUGUUAUGAAUAAAAAGGCCAUUAUAUA